CCAAAAUUUAAAAAGUGUUAUGUCUGAAUCUGGGAGGCAUUUGGAGCAAGUGGCUAAUGUGGCUUCUCAAGCUAUUGCGCGUGCCAGAGACCACGUCAGGCAUAGGCCUGGGCCUUCUGCUACUACUGCUGCCAGUGCUACGAGUAGGCCUACUACUACUAGUAGUAGUAGUAGUAGUAGUAGGUCUACUACCACCACGUCUUCUAGGCCUAGGCCUAGUAGUACUACCACCGCGUCUGCUGGACAUCAUUUAGCUAGCACUGGCGGCAGUAGUACUGACAGUGGUACUAGGUCUAGUAGGGGGCCUAUAUCUGCAACAACUGAUGAAGGGGUGGAUUCUUUUGACACUUCAGAAGAAUUCUAGCGAUGAAAAUACUACAAGUUUUUUUCUUGCUUCUGGUAGUCCAACAGUUACGUUCAAUCCCACUGUCGAGAUGCUAUCCAAAAUUCAAGCAGAUGUUGAUACAGCUUUUCAUGCACUUGACCAGUGUUUAACAGAUGAAAUUGCAAAAAUAACUGUUCGGAGAGAUCAUGUGUUGGAGGAUGUCCUUGCAGCAUAUCGCAAUGACAGUCAUCUUUGCUCAAAAAGGCUGGAGGUAGAAUUCUGCGAUGAAGAGGGAGCAGAUUUUGGUGGUCUCACUCGUGACAUGUUUUCCAUGUUUUGGACUGAGGCCAUCGCUGUGUACUUUUCUGGUGAAAGUGCAGUUGUACCCAAAUUACCACUGCACAAACAAAGAGCUCUGCGUGGAGACUAUACCAUACUUGGGAGAAUUCUCGCUCACACAGUAGCGCUAGUACAGGCAAUACCUCCAAGGCUCACAAACCUUUUUGUCGCUUUUAACCUUUGAGGAGGCUCCUGCAGAUGACUAUUUACUGAGGGAUUUCUUAGAUUUCACAACACAGUCAGAGCGGGUUUUAUUAAAGCAAGCUUUGCGAGAUUUCGUUGGGCUAACAGAGUCUGCCGAAGACAAGCUUAUUAGCCUUUUCAGCAUGUACGAACUGUACGCCAUGCCUAAAAAAGAUGCAAUUCUGAACCAAGUUAUGUCAAUUGCGGAGUCCCAAAUGGUAGACAAAGCGAGACCCUUUGUAGCUGCAAUGCGAAGAGGGAUUCCUCAAUUGCAAUUGGAGGUUUUUUGGGGACAGUUGUCCCUAGAGACAAUAAAUUAUAUCGUUUCACAAAUGCCUAGCGGGCGGAAAGUUGCUGAAUGUAUAAUCGGUGACAAUGAUGACAUGACUCCCCAGCAAGAAACAAUCCUAUGGUGGCUCAAAGACUUUAUAAUGUCUUUGGAUGCGGAUGACGUGGGUGAAUUCCUGAGAUUUACCACCGGCUCAGCUGUAAUGCCACAAAACAAAAUUAAAGUGGCAUUUUUACCUAGCGCAAGGUAUCCUGUAGCCAGAACCUGUGGAAAUCUAAUCCAAAGCCCAGUCUGUUACACCUCAAAACAACAAUUAAAACGAGAAUGGAGGGCGAUUCUUUCAAAUCCACAAUCUUUUUCAACGAGUUUGGUGUAAUGGGGUUAUACCUACAGUAGCAUUGUUCUCCUUCUUGUAUUCCACAAUAAUUAUUUAUUUGUUUCAUGUUAUGAUUUUUUUUUUCUAAUUUCUUAGCUCUUUUCUAUUUCAACAUUCACUAUCAGUACAUUUUUAUAUUUAUUUUAUAUUCAAAAAGUAUAAGUAAAUAAGUAUAAAAUAUGGCUCUCCAAACUAUUAUGUAUGUACGACAGCUACUUAUUAAAUACUUUAUUUGAAUUUUUACUUAUUUUAAUGUUCAAUCUGUGUUUCUACAAUCAAUCUUCUGUUUUUAUGACUUCAUUCUCAUUUUAGGAACUACUAUUUCCCUGUAUUUGUAUAAUUAAGGAAUGCCAACUGUGACAUUAUAUAAUAUUAGAGAAAGAUCUGUAGAUGUUCAAAAUAUUGAAUGUAAUAGCCUUUUUCUUUCCCCUCUGAUAUCAAAUGUAGUUUUUUUUUUCAAAUGCACAGAACAACAUAUAGUAAUGUAAUUAGUUUUUGUUAUAUUUAUGUUGAAGUCUUAAGUGUUGCAUUGCUAUGCAAUUGCGUAAAAAGUAUCAAUACGUGUACAGAUUUUUAAAAAGUUUUAAAUAUAUAGUUAUCAAUACUAUAAUGUACCUACGACAGCUACUUAUUAAAACAUUUACUGGAAAUUUUACUUAUUUUAAUGCUAUAUGUGUUUCUUUAAUGACAAACAUGUUUUUUAGACGUACAAAGCCUCUCUAUAACUAGGUUUUCAAAAUGUCUCUGUCUGUUUUGUCAUGCAUGUUGUAAAAAUGCCUGACAAAAAAUUGGUAGUAGGUAUUAGAUCUAGGACCUCCCAACAAAUCGGUGUCAGCCCUCGAAAUUAACGUCGGCAUUUGGAAAUGCCGACUUAUUAUUUUGUACAAUGUAUAACCACAUACAGUACAGGGUUUGAAUAACAGUAUUUUUUGACAGACAACUA